AUGUUAGGAACAGGAUCUCCAGGCUUCACUGGUGACGGAAGAAUCAUUCCAGCCCCAGAGGCCAAUCUCAAUACCCCCACAGGAGUACAAGUAGCCGAUCAGGGACAAGGACAGCCUGAGGAGGUAACUGGGCGCUGCUCUGACGGGUAUUAUUGCCCCGAGGGAAGUUCAAAGACCAAUGCGGUGGCAUGCCCUCCGGGUCACUUUUGCAAGGCUCUUGAAAGCCUGUUUACCAAUGUCGCUCUUGGAGCGGAUGUCGAACCCACUAUUUCUGGGGAUUUCGUUGGAAGCGGCACUCCUGACAAAGUGACAAAUGGUGACAUUGCCUCAGGCACCGGCUGGGUUUCGAAAAACACCUCCGGCGGUGGCCACGGUCUGACAGUUGAUUUUGGAGACCUAUUUUUCAUCAACGAAGUCACAGUUAUCUCUGGAACGGCAGAGGGGAAGGACAUCCUGUCAUCAUUCUCAGUCCAUUACUUCCACUCUGCUUCAUCCACCUACGUCGAGCUUUUCUCUGUUGCAUCAAAUAAAGAAUCUACUUACUCUCUCAGCUUCGGAGAGGUGGCUACUAGGAAGAUCAUGCUGUCAACGACGGAAUCCCAAGUCUACCUGUCGGAAAUUCAGGUCUCUGGAACUAGUUCUCCUGGCUCCGCCGCCCCUACCCCUUGCCCUUAUGGCUGGUAUCAGGACUUGAAGGCUCAAAUGGCAUGCAAGAUAUGCCCUGAGGGAUAUUUCUGCCAGGAUAGCACAGUUGCGCCGACAUCGAAGUGCCACGCCGGCUACUACUGCCCCAAAGGGUCGUACACUGGAUACGAAAACCCAUGCCCCCUGGGAACUUACAAUAAUGUAGAAGGUGCCAAAGCCAUCUCAGAAUGCUUGCCUUGUCCUAUAGGGAAGUACUGUGGCUCCCGUGGGCUCGCACAUCCAACAGGAGAAUGCUUUGCAGGCUAUUACUGCAAAGGUGGGGCGUGGUCACCUGCUCCUCACCCUGAGGAAAACAACCCAGACGGAAUUUCUGGACCAGCAGGCAGCCUCUGCCCCAUUGGCUACUACUGCCCAGAGGGGACGCAAUCUCCACAACCUUGCCAAGAAGGUGCUCGCACGGACUUGCUGCCCCUAUACGUAUUUGGUGAGGAUAACGAUGACUACGGGUUGUGUCCCGUUGGUCACUAUUGCCCCUCUGGGUCCGCUACUCCGACACCUUGCGCUCGCGGGACUUUCCAGGAUCCGAAAAACCUCGCCCUACGGAUGGGCUGUCAGGCGGGCGGUGUCCUGCUGGGUGGCACUGCCCUCCCGGCAGCAUUAAGCCUCGCGCAUGCCCUCCAGGGCAGUACACUUCGGAGUCUGGACAGGCGAAAUGCAGACCCUGUCCUGCGGGAUUUGAGUGCCAUUUGUUAA